AUGUUUACAGUAUGGAUUACUGCUCUUUCUCUUCUUGAUGCAGCCGGAGGAAAGCAAGUCUGCUACAAAAGGCUUGGAUGCUUUACAGAUAAUCCACCUUGGUCUGGGACUCCAGAAAGACUACUGGCAGGCUUGCCUAGCUCUCUAGGAGCUGUGAAUACCAAUUUCCUGCUAUACACUAGAGACAACAUCAUGAAAUAUCAAAAGAUUUCUGCUACAAAUCCUUCAACUAUCAAAGCUUCAAAUUUUCAAAUACACAGGAAAACUCGCUUCAUUAUACAUGGCUACCUUGCUGGAGCAGAUUUACCCUGGAUAGCAGAUAUGUGCAGGGUCAUGUUUCACGUCGAAGAUGUGAACUGCAUCUUGACUGACUGGACAAGUGGUUCCAGUGGUUUGUACACUGAAGCAGUUAACAACGUCCGCACUGUGGGGGCUGAGCUGACGUAUUUUGUGAACCUUCUUGAGAAAGACUAUGGCUACUCUCCUGCCAAGAUUCAUUUAAUUGGCCAUAGUCUUGGAGCACAUGUUGCAGGGGAGGCAGGGAGAAGGAAACCUGGCAUUGGAAGAAUAACAGGUUUGGAUCCAGCUGGACCUCUUUUCCAGCAUACAUCAACAAUGGAUAGGCUGGAUCCUUCAGAUGCAAAAUUUGUUGAUAUAAUUCACACUCAUGCUGGUCAUCUGUUUUUCGACUUUGCUCCAGGGAUUCUUCGGCCUUGUGGUCACCUGGAUUUUUACCCAAAUGGUGGGAAGAAAAUGCCAGGAUGCAAGGAACUUCGUGCACCUCCUGCAACUCGGAAUAUCAAUGAUCUUAUGAGAGAAUACAGGUCUUUUGGAUGUGGACAUAAAAGAAGUCUCCAGUAUUAUGCUGAAAGUAUUAUCAUUCCAAAUGGAUUUGUUGGGUAUCAGUGUGAAACAUACCAAGAUUUUGUAUCAGGAGCCUGCUUCCCAUGUCCCGAGGAAGGAUGCCCACUGAUGGGUCAUUAUGCUGAUAAGUUUUCACAUAAAACUGAGAAAGAACAGCAAAAGGUUUUUUUAAAUACAGGGCCCCUCCCUCCAUACUCUCGCUGGCGAAAAGAGAUACGCGUCAGAGUGGCUGCAACAGAAACCAUGAAGGGAAAUAUAGAUGUAGCCUUGACUGGAACUAACGGGAUCAGGAGAAAAUACACAAUCGACAAGGGAACUUUCAAACCAGGCAACACAUAUUUGAACUAUAUUGAUACAGAAAUUUCUGGGAAUAUUUCAGAAGUUGAGUUUCUCUGGAAAAAAUAUCCAGGUCAUUUACAUAAAGGCUGUAUGGGAGCUGAAGAAGUCACAGUAAUAUCUGGGGAAAAUGGAAAUCUGUGCAUUUUGUGGCCACGGACCUGUGCAGUCAAGCAUAUGGCAAACACUGAUACCUUGCUAACUCUUCAACGAGACCACUGUGUUUGCCCAGUGUGGAAUGUUCACAGUCUAGAGGAAACAUUUUUUUCAGUCAGUGGCAAACCACUAACAAGGUUCCUUCAAUAA